GAAAAACACGAGAGUCGUACGUGUAUAAAGGGCAGUCCGGAGAGGAACUUCCUCGGCGUUGCCUCUGGCGUUGGUCAUCCGGGAGCGUGCCGACGGACGCUUCCCAUCUCGCCGCCGGUAGUGAGAGUGGUUCGGUGGUGGUGGUGCGGCGGCCGCCGAGCGAAAAAAGAAGAGCCAUUCGCGGGGCGCGUCGUAGUCGUCGGCGCGUGUGCGUUGCAAGUGGGCGCACGUCUCCGCCGUUUGCUCGUUUACUCCCGGACGUCGACGAGCACGUGCACACCCGUGUUGUUUGCUUUCUUUCCUGUCUCUGACUCGGACGACUCACCGUGCGCGAAGGACUCUGAAAUUGCUACGAGCUCGUCAAACGACCCGUCUGUGAUCACCGGCAAACAGCAAGCGACUUCUACUCAUAUGGUUUGGACAGCUGUGGUUCUACGCUAGUUUACCAUUUGUACACCGUCAACUUCGUCAAGGACACAACCUGUUGGAGCAGCUCACGGAUAAUUUCGGACGUUUUGCCAUGUUUUCGACGCUUAGGCCAACGAUGCCACUAAGGGUGAUCCGACUGCCGCAACUUCUCAUCGCAGCAGCGCUGCUAUCGACUGGAUUCUCAGAGACUGUAACACAGCCCACCCAUGAAGACAUUCGCGAGGGCAUCAACUCUCCCAUGCCGUACGGCUUCAAGUACGGCGCGUACGGCGACGACGGCGGAGGUCACACGCGCGAAGAAUCGGCGGACGGCAGCGGGCGCGUCGUCGGCUCGUACACCAUCUUCAGCCCCGAGGGUUUCCUCAGGCGCGUCUUCUACGAGGCCGACGAGAACGGCUUCCGCGCCCGCGUCGAGACCAACGAGCCGGGAACCAAGACGUCCAAUCCGGCCGACGUCACCAUCGUGUCCACGGCCGACGGAGGAGGACCUGCCGGCGGCGGUGGAGUCAGUGGCGGAACGCGGGACACACCCCUGCCUGGUGGGUCCACGACGCGGCCCGUGAAGACUACGUCACCGGAUGCCGAGGGCACGACCAACGAAGUGACGGAAACAACGACCGGCCUUCCUCCCGGCUACGUGCUCCCCGAACGGUACCGACCGAACGCAUCCAGGAGGCCCUCUGGUGCCGAACUAUUGACGUCACGGAUUCUGACCGUGGACCGGCCGGUCGAUGGAGACCAGGUCUACCCGGGCCGUCCAGGCUUCGACACAGACACGAACGCCCUGAAUCCACCCCCACCGGGCAUCCACACGGGUGCUCCACCUGCCGGAAUCGUGCCCGUUGGUCCAGUUCAGGUUACUCGUGUUCCUGGACGUCCUGGAGUGACUCCAGGCCCCAGGCCUCGAACUCAGAUCAACUACGGUCCAUCUAAAGACUCUUUCGGGCAAUUUGACGGCGGCUUUGCCCAAGGCGGUGGACCAUCUCGCCCUUCGUUCGAUGAACCGUUCAGAGUACCGGGUGGUUCGAGUGGUGGCAUAUUUUCACCGUCACAAGUGUCACCUAAAGGAGGCUUUAGCGGGUCCCAAGGCUUUGGCCCAUCUGCUGCACGUGGCGGUGGCGGACCCGGAUCGAGGUCACCUUUUGCCGACGCAGGCUCCCCGAAAGGUACGGGACCGGGUUCAUUCGGAACUCGUAGGCCUGGAGUUAACUACCCGGGUGCGUUCAGUGGAGGUGCUGACAUAGGACAGAGUGUGCCAUCUGUUCCAGGUUACCAAGGCGGCGCUGGACAGCAGUACCAGCCCCCAGGGCUCGGAGUUCCACUUUUCACCCGCGUGACGCAAGAUUCCCAAAAGUUCCCUGGAAGAGUAGACUACAGUGCUCAGCCUGGUUUCAGAGGACCGGUUCAAACAGGAGCACCAGGUGCACCUGGCGUCUUUGUCGGACCUUCUGUCUCAUCAAGGCCAUCUUUUGGCGGCAGAGCGCCUUUCGGUGGUCCCCGUUUUGGACCUGGUGGCAGCUUUUCUGGAGUUCCUGCAAACCAGUUUGAUACCCAGGGACCUGGUGAUAAACGAUUCGGUGGCCCAGGACAGCUAUCGUUUCAGGGUGGUCAAGCGGGUAACCAAGGAUUCCCAUUUGGACCAGGGAGCACCAUUGGAGCAGACAUCGAUGGGGGAAGCGGUGCUGAUUCUAGCAAUGAGGAUGGCUUCGCACCCAACGAUCCCCGGAGGCCGUUCCUCUUCAGAAACGAAGACGAACGAACAGCCACUCCCACAGGUCCCGCAACUCGUGGCGGAGCUGGCCAGGGAGACGGCUCGUAUGCCAUCCAAGUGGAUAACGGGAAGAUUCAGUCAGUCGACUUCCGUCCGGGCAGCAGGCCCUUUCAACGUACCGGUCCGGGCAACCGUUUCGCAGCAAACCGGGGACCUUUCCGGCGGCCUGCUCUCGGAGCUACACACCGGGAAGACCCAUUCAGACCCUACAAACCUCCCCCUCUUGAGAGUAGCCACCAGGAUCCCAUCUUCGUUCCGCAAAGCUUUUCCGGACCAAGCAGUUCAACUACUUCAUUUGACGACGCGGAACCACAGCGCAUUGAUGGUUUCAAGUAUCAGCAGCAAGCUCCAGGUUUCGGCGGGUCAAGGUCUCCCGACGGUUUCACCGGGAACUACCCUUACCGCAACACAUAUUCUUCCGGUGGCUCGCAGCCUCCCACUGGAGCACGAGACCAGUUCCCCGGAAGACCGCAGCAAUCUUUUUCUCCAUUCGCCAACGGAAGGCCCGUACCAGGCGUACCCACAUCAAACUUUCCGAACCCCCGAAACCAUUUUGCAAAUCGGUUCUUUGACCGAACUCCCGCUGGAACCUUGGGAACCCCGGUCGGAAGUCCAGCUGGUUUUAGCCCUCCAUCUUUAGUUAGCAUGGAAGUCAUCCGAUACGGCCCGCAGGGUCCGAAAGUUCAAAGUUUCAACGGAAGUGCACUUCCUGGGUCGUUGGCGCCCCCAGGAAACCUACCACAAGUCGGUGGACCGUUGAAGCCGACGAGAUUUCCCGGCAACCCGUUCCUAGCUAACAGGCUCCUGCCUCGUCCUCCGGUACCAGUCAAAGGCAACGCAAACCGCGUCCUGUACAGCGAAGCACCACAGCAGGCGACUUUACCAAGGCGACACGGUGAACCGAAGGGCAACAAAGAUGACUAUGGUGGUGCUUUCGAAGGUUUGAUCAGAGACGAGCGUCCAGACCUCUUGCAGCUGAAGCCCAAACAGAAGCCGUCUAGUUCCGCACAAUCGCAGCCAGGGGGCAACUUUGACUUCCUGGAAGACCUCCUGCCAUUUUAUGAGAAGGAUUUAGACAUAGGAAAGAAGCCGAAUGAAGCCGCGAAUGGAGGUGACAGAAAACCCGUAAUUCACAAACCCAUAGUGCCAGAGCAUCGCGAUUUGCUUUGUGAUGACGACGAACCGAGGUUCCCUGGCUCAGGUCAAAAGUCCCCUGAUGAUUUAGUUAGAAGACCAGAAUGUAUAAAUAAGUCAAAACAUCAAGAUGGUGGUUCUGGUGAAGGAGUGAAAUCUGAUGGGAAAAAUGUUGAGGCUCCUGUCGACCCUGAUGAAGAAUUUUUAAACUACAGGAAUCCAUUUUCAGGAGUACUUCCGUCUCUUGGAGCUCCAGAAAAGGUUGACAGAGACAGCAAGCAAUUCCAGCGCCCAUUCCUUGACACUGACAAAAAGGUGAUACCGGUGCUGAUUGAUCAAAUUGGACCUGCCGUCGUACUAGAUGGUGCCGUUGGAACGAACAGAAACGGACUGGGCCCUAGUACUGGCGAAUCCGACAUUCCAGAUAGGUCUUCUCCAGAACUCGGUGCCGGGAGCCCUGUUGAAGGAAGACGAGGAUUCGGCCACAAUGGAGUUUUUAGAACAAACUUUGGACCAUUUUCCGGUUCCUCCAGUGGCCAGUUCGGUCCUCGUGGCGCCGGCCCAGGGCAGGGCUUUGGUUCAGCUUCUGGCCCGCGAGCUCAAGACGGUAACUUCUUGAGGUUCCCCUACGCUCCAGGUCGUAGUGGAAACGACCUGAGAAAUACGCAAGACCCUUUCAAUAGGAACUCGCAACAUUUCGGAGAUCAAGAUUUAUCUCCCCAACCACCGCAGCAAACGCUACGCUUUGGACAAAGGCUGAGCGGCGUGAGAAAUCCCAAUUCUCUCGUUCCUUCUCGGCGACUACCGAGCGUACAGCAACAACCUGAAAAGCGGAUUUAUUUCCCUCCACCACCACUCCACAGAAAAGCCGUACUUUCUCCUCCAGACGUUCCAGGCGGCCUAGGGAACUCGUUUAAUGGCCGCGGACCGUUCAGUUUCUCUCAAAGUCAAGGGGUGACUAGGGCAGGACAGCCGACAGUCGGAUCUUUCCAACCUGGGGCCCGAGCACAGGGAAAUGAUGGAGCCGUACUACCACGAUUUGGUUUCGUCGACUCAAGACAGUUUCGACCACGGCCGAGUGCCGGCGACGUCUCAGGAAGGGAGGACGUGGGCGGGGAUGUGGAUACCUUGCAGAAGUUUGUACAUGACAACAGCCCACCGCCAGCCUCGUUCUCUUUUUCAGACGCUAAGAAGUCGCCCUUAGUGCCUCGUCGCCCAUCCCUGAGCGACGGAAGACGGAAGACGUUGAACAGUCCGUCCGGCGACGCUGGGAAGGGUGGCCAAGGACAAGUUACACGGGAAGCACCGGAAGGUGCACCGAGGCAGGACCCAGCCAGUCUUUCGCGAAGACCGUUCCCUGAUGGUAAUGCACGCAUCACCGAAGAUCUGGACAGCAGGACUCCAAAUGCCGUGCGAGGUCCUUUCAAUUUCGUAGACACGCGUGUGCCGUUGGACGUGGCUCGGCAACGGGUCGUCCAGCGUAGGCCUCAAGCUUUCGAUUCACCACGUCAGCCUGGGAGCCUCCCUGCACGUGCGGACGCACCUGCUCUGCAAGGGAUACCAGAGGACAGCAUCUUGGACGAUGGUCGGCAAGGUGGUUUCGAUGGUGCACCCGAAGAUGUAACGAGGCAGAUUUUGCCAACAAACAGGCGGGUUGGUGGUAUCAAUGGAGAACUGAUAGGCCCUGCAGUGAUAAUCCCUCAAACGGGGCCUGUGCGUCAGCCAGUUCAGACGCCCCGGCCCAUUCUUCUGAAGGUUGAGAGGGUGCCACUCGGAGGAACUGCCAUCCCCGAGGACUUGGUAUCCGACAAGAAUCCACAAGAUAUCCAGGCUUUUGUACAAGGGCCUGAACAGAAGCUCGGCCAAGAUGUCACCAACCAGGAGUUGCUGCGUCGAGGUGUGAACUCAGCAGGAGCCAGUGAAGACGGGGGCAGCAGAAAAGAGGAUGGCGAGCCGGAGCGGGUGAACCCGUACUCGUUCGGCUACUCCGCGUACGACGGUCUUGGCAGCAUGAUGUCGCGUCACGAGACCAAAGACGAGUCGGGACGCGUGACGGGCUACUACAUCGUGGAGGACGUGGACGGCCGCAAGCGGACGGUCCACUACGUGGCUGACAAAGAUGGCUUCCGGGCGACAGUGCACACGAACGAGCAGGGCACCGACAACCAGGACCCGGCGAACGUCAAGAUGCGCGUCGAAAACAGGAUGCCACACCCUUCGCCCACUCCUCGGACUCCAUCGCCAGAAAAGACGUCCCCAUCGCCGACGCUAGGCGAUGGUGUGGACGUUCCGGCUCUGGGCACCGUGGAUCAAAGUGUGAAAAAGAGCUAAUAGUUACUCGCUGUUACUUAUUGCCAGUUAGAGUUCAUUCAAAAGGGACGUACAACACUUUGUGGGCAUGUUCGGUGAACGCUGCUGAUAGAUAGAUGGUCGAGGCUCUUGAAAACACGCGAGCCAAAUAAUAUAUUUCAGCGAGCAGCCUGGAUACUACAAUUAAUUCGCAACGUCAGACCGAAAUCGCUCGGCAUUCCCUCUAUAGAUGAUUCCAUAAUUCAAAAUGACAGGUGACAAAUACAGAGUCAGUGACCAUUGGCCGAUUACAGCAUCGUGAGCGGCAUAGUUACCACGACCGCCGCGAGACGCCGCGACGUGCCCACGCUCAAGAUCGCACUGAAGUAAGCCGCGUGUUAAGAAACAGAAGUGCUCAAGGUAAUGACUCGCGCUGGCGAAUGGGCGCAGCUUCUUGAUCUUCUGUCAUCCUUCCCCUCAGAGCUUUCAGCGUGCUCGCUGGUAGGAAAGGAGAGAGUAAGUGCUUAAAGACGUGUGACAAAUCCAUCUAACUCCACUUGUAUUUUGUCAAUUUUUAAGAAUUUUGCGGCAGUCUAUACGUGAGGUAAUUAACUCCUCCAAAGAAGUCAUUCGUAAAAGGUUGCAGGUCCCCUUUAGUGAUUCCCUUGUUCUCGCCCUUGCAUGAGCACGCGUGACUGACAAUGCAAUUUCGUAGGCGGGUGGUAGUUCUGAGCCUGCCGACGGUCAACACCACGUUUCGAAGACAAAGCGAGUGGCGUCUUUUAGGAGGCGCGCGUUCACAUUAUGCGAGUACGACGUGCAUCCCGUUCUCAGGAAGCACAACCGAACGAGGACUGACGCGCACAUCUCCUGCUCAUGUCAAGCUACGUCGCUAUCAACUUUCAGGUGUCUUAUCGCUUGCGGUGGCAGCAGAAAUGCUAAACCUCGCGUUCGUUUGUUUGUUUGUUUCCACAGACCUGUUAGAAUGUUGGCGUAGACGUAUGAAUCUCAUCGUGACGUCCAAUUUACGUGAACGCGUCCUUGUCGAAAGUUAUCGUGAGCGUGAAUUGCACUUGCAGGAGUGUAUGUGAUACGCAGCUAUACGUAUGCUCUACGAAUGUGACAAUGAAGAGAGAUUUGCUGGUUAGUCUUGCGAAAAGGUGAACCAGCGUGUAAUUGUUACAACCAGCUGACAUAUUGCUCGCAAAAAAAAAAAAACAG